CCCCACCUUGUUUGGUUGGGUGGGAUGGGAAGGUUUGAGACUUUCUAUGUUCUUCCUCUUUCUUCAGUUUCCAGAACCGAAGACGCUCAAAAUGUACUCCAAUGAUGAUGACGACGAUGACAAACCUGACUCAAAUGGCCCUAGUUCAAAUCCUCCAACCAAGAAGUUCAGAUUCAAGAGGAUGAAAAUCUCCAUUUUCCUCUCUUAUUGCAGCAUUGUUUUUCAAGGUAUGCAGAUCGAGGAAUCCCAGAGCCAAAAGCAUCGAGUAAGCCCUCUCGCUCUCCGAUGCUAUCCCUGACGCAGACUGUGGCAAACCACUUUGGGGAAAAAACACAAGGAACCCAGAUGGGCUAGCAAGCAAACCAAUCCAUUUAUUCCAUUCUUGUUCAGAUUAAAGAAAAAAAAUAAGCCCACCCUGUAGCAGAAUUCAUUGGAUUCACAGAUACUAUUUCCGUAUCAAAUGGAGCGUGGUCUUCUUCUCUUUGAGAGGCAUGGCCAAAUUGCUAGUCUUGUGCAGUGACACCAUCGAGCACCCCACCUGAAUCCCAGAGAAUCUCCGGAGCUAGCUCCUUGUGCAAUUGUUUAGGAAGGAGAGAGAGAGAGAGAGAGAGAGAGAGGAGAAGAAUGGACGAAGGAGAGAGAGUCUCUGGCGAGAGCGAUCUGGGCGACCACGAUGGUAGGCCACCGGACAGAGGCAGGCAGUCCCUCCUCACGGAUUUCUGGCAGAAGAAGGAAGUUUCGUCUGCAAGGAUUGGUUCGGCACCACCACCACCACCACUACAAGAGGAUGGGCUGGAGGCGGUUGCUCAUGAAAAAAAGGCCUCUUAUUCCACUAUUGUGGGCGGUGGAAUCCCAGAUGUUGAUACUCUGCCUGACCCCUUCCAGGUUGGAUCUUUGACAACGGUUAUCAUCCCGCAGGAGGUUUACGAAGAAAGAUUAGGAACUUUCAGAUUUGCACUAAUAAGACGAACAAACUUUAGAUUUGUUUCCUUGGAUGAUAUUUGUCAAGAGGUGAAGAACACAUGGACGCUGAAAGGAAGGAUUGCUUUUGCGCCAAUGAGCAAAGGAUUCUUUCUCCUACAGUUUGAAAUAGAAGCUGACAUGAUCAUGAUUUGGAAAAGAAACAUUGUGAAGGUUGGUACCCAGACCAUUAGAUUCCAACGAUGGAAAAGGGAUUUCAAUGUUCACGAAAAACAAGCAGUGACAAAGAUGGUCUGGAUUCGUUUUCCAGAUUUGCCGAUGGAGUAUUGGCACGAAAAAAUUCUGCUUACCAUGGCCAAGGCGGCAGGUAGGCCAAUGGCGAUUGAUCGUCGAACUCGAGUAGCUACAAUGGGAGGUUAUGCCAGGUUAUGGUAGAACUGAAAAUAAACAACAAGAGAGUGGAAGAGAUUCAAGUUGAGCGUCGUCAACCUGAAACGGGUGAUCGCUUUUGGUUCUCAUAGUCUAUUCAAUACGAAGACAACUUGGGAAUGUGUGGAUACCGUAAAAAGACUGGUCAUACGAUCCAAUCCUGCAGAAAUUUGAAGAAACACAAUGAACAACAUAUUGUAUCGGCUCAUGGAGAAGAUGGUGCAGCCAAUGGUGGUGCGACCAAUGGAGGUGCAACCAGUGGCGGUGGUGCUGCAACCAGCGGCGGUGGUGUUGCUCGGCCUCCAUCCAGAGAUGCUCAGCCAUCCAAUGAUGGGAUUCUGGAGCCACGUCAGCUAGCUAGCGAAUCCCCUCGCUCUCGGACUUCUUCCAAUUUAGGAGUCAUGAGAUCUCAAGGAUUUUCUCAAAAUAAGGAAAUGGAUCACUACCCACCUUCUAACGGAUCUAUUGAGAUCCUAAUUCCUAUCCAACAGAGAGUGGAUGACUUAGCAGAAGAUAAUUACUCUCAACUGAAUCAUGAUCUGCGUGAUUCACCUAAUGCUCAAUCUCCCCCACAUCAACGUUUGGCUCUUGGGUUGGAUGGGUCUCCUGGAUCGGGUGGGUUUUCUACUUCAUGUAAUCAUAGCCAGAGAAAAAUGUCAUCACCACUAUGCAGCCAUCGUCCAUUUUGGGCGGUGCUGUAGCAGUGCAUCAUAACGAGAUCAGUCGCAUAGAUGACUUAGCCAUUCAGGCAGCAUCAGUGCAGCAAUCAAAUGCAAACCUUGCGCGCAGGAAGGAGAAAGGCGCUAUCCCCCAUGGUCAGACCAGAAGGUCUGAAAGGCUUGGUCAUCACCAAUGGUGACUUAUGAGAGUUCUAUACUGGAAUGUCAGGGGCUUUAAGAAGGCUGCAGCGCAUCUGGCCUUAAAAAGUAUGGUUAAGGAGCGAAAUCCUGAUGUAAUUUGUCUUGCAGAGCCGAUGAUAGAUACAUCGGCUUUCCCUGCUCUAUAUUUUAGUAGAAUGGGGUACCAUGCAAAGCUAAUUUCAAAUGAAAGAGCUGAUAAGGUGCCUAAUCUAUGGCUGAUGUGGAGGAGAGGUAUCUCAAAACCGAUUAUAAUUUCUCUCUCAAAUCAGCAGCUCACUACUCAGUUUGACUGGAAGGAUAAAACUAUUCUCCUCUCCCUAAUUCAUGUAAGUAGUUUUCGAGCAUCAAGAAGAGAAUUGUGAACUCAGCUCGCUUCUGUUCCAGGGUAGGCUGAUCCGUGGCUUAUGGUUGGUGACUUUAAUGCUAUUCUUUCUUCGCACGAAAAGAGGGGGCCCGGAGCCUUUAGCUUGGGCUCAGCGGCAGAAUUUGAGGCAAUGAUUGAUGCCUGUGCUAUGAUUCAAACCCCAUCUUAGGGCCAAAAAUUUACCUGGACAAAUAAUAGGCAUCGGGGAAAUGUGGCACCUGUUCUAGAUAGAAGUUUCUGCAAUGAAGCUUGGCUCGACUACUUUCGAGAUUGUGCGCAAAUGGUUCUCCAACGAGAUUUCUUAGAUCACUGCCCGUUGUUGAUUGUCUCUGAGGCAUGCCCAAAACCAGGUAAUUGUCCAUUCUGUAUGCAGAAAUUCUGGCUUGAUGAAUAGUCUUUUCUCAAUGUGGUUAAAGAUAUUUGGUCGCAAAAUAUUAUUGGCUCUGGUGCUUAUGUCUUAA